AUGUCUUUCCUCAAGAAGAUCACCGACCAGUUGUCGCAGAUGAACCCCGGCGAGAAGAAGGAGGGUCAUUCUCAGUACCCAUCUGGUGGUAGUGGCUAUGGGUCACCAUCCCCUCAGGGAUACGGAGGAGGCGGACCUCCACCUCAGCCCUACGGCGGCGGCUACAACCAGAACCAGUACGGAGGACCUCCUUCCCAGCACUCGUCUCCUGCCCCUUACCAGUCCGGCUCCCCUGCCCCUUACCAGUCCGGCUCCCCUGCCCCUUACCAGUCCGGCUCCCCUGCCCCUUCGUACCACCCCCCCGGACCUCAGGGAACGCCCCCGCUCCCCCCCGGCUGGAGAGCAGUCUGGGAUCAAAACUAUCAGCGGAACUACUUCCUUGAGGAAGCCACCGGACGUACCCAAUGGGAACCCCCGGCCUACCAAGCUGGCCCUGACACUAGAGGUUACGGCGGUCCUCCUGGUGGUCCUCCCGGCCAGGGCGGCUACGGCAGCCACAGCCCCUAUCCUCCCCAAGGUGGCUACGGAAGCCCCGGUGGCUACCCUCCUCAGGGUGGCUAUGGCAGUCCCAGCCCCUACCCUCCUCAAGGUGGUUACCCGGGUGGCCCCGGUGGCUACCCUCCUAACCAGAGCGGCCACCCCGGCGGUCCCAGCCCCGAGGGCUACGGAGCCGCGGCUGGCUACUCUGGCGCCCCAGAUGAUGGCCAUCAUGAGAACAGGGAUGAGGAGAAGAAGAAGAGCGGCAAGUCGGGCAUUCUUUUGGGUGCUGCUGGUGGCCUUGCCGCUGGCGCUAUUGGAGGUGCCCUCCUAAACGAGGCUCUUGACCACAGUGAUGACGAGCAUCACAACCAGCCACCUCCCCAGUCUUAUGACUCCUACGGUGGUGGCGGCUACGGCGAGCAGCAGCCCGUAGUUGUCAACAACUACUACAACGAGCCUCCCCCCGAGGAGCGCGAAGGAUCUGGCAGCAGCAGCAGCAGCAGCAGCAGUGACCACGAAGAGGAGCAGAGCUACGAUUAUGACGAGGACGAUUAG